AUGGACAGCGCGUGUUGUUGUUCAACAAGCAGUGAUAGGACCUCAAAUCCUAUCCUGUACAACAUCCUGAGCCAAAUGGAUGGCAGCAGACCGAGCCAAGGCAACUUCAGCUACAAUUCAGUGCUUCACAGAUGCAAAUGUGAGGCGCGACGGACAGUGUGCUUGAAAAGGCCGUCGGAGAUUUGCAAAGAAGCUUCAGCGGUUCUGGUAAAAACCCUAAAUUUUAUGAAAAACUUGCCCGCCUUUAACCAGCUGCCUCCAAACGACCAGUUCGCCCUUCUGAAAAGCUGCUGGGCGCCACUCUUCAUUCUGGGUCUGGCCCAAGAGCACGUGGACUUUGAGGUGACGGACAUCCCCACUGACAGCAUGCUGAAAAAGAUCCUCCUGAACAGACCCGAGAGCCCCGAGGUGGAAAGGGAGCAGCCCACUAUGGCCGGUGUCAGCAAACUCGUGUCUUGCCUCAAAAAGUUUUGGAGUUUGGAUUUGAGCCCCAAGGAGUACGCAUACCUCAAAGGGACCACGAUAUUUAAUCCAGACGUACCAGAUUUGAAGGCAGCCCUGUUUGUGGAAGGCUUGCAACAGGAAGCUCAGCAGGCCUUAAGCAAGGUGGUUCAGCUCCUCCACCCAGGGGAUGGGGACCGCUUUGCUCGAAUCCUCCUCACAGCCUCCGUGCUGCAGAGCAUCACCCCCAGCCUCAUCGCUGAACUCUUCUUCCGGCCUGUGAUAGGACAGGCGAACCUGCUGGAGCUGCUGGUCGACAUGCUCUUCUGCAGAUAG